CAUCUCUGUCCUGCGGCUUGUUUCUGUCCUUGUGCGCGAUUGUUCUGGUUUCAAGAGCUGUGGUGCAGGUAUCGCUCUGCUGUGACCACAUAUUACGAAAGGUGCCCGGUUGUCGUUCGCAGCUGCCGACUCCAUCGCCGAACUUCCUUUCUAUCUCGUACCAGCUCGGAGCUUGGAUUCUCUCGUUCCUACUGCAACAAUUCAACGAACCGGCCCUGACUUUCCCUUCUCACCACAACCACACAUCAUGUCAUUCUUCAGUCAAGCGCCGGUCCAGAUCUCUGGCGGUGGCUCUGUCUUCGGCUCCGAUAACUCUAGAACCGCUGGUGGUCUCUGGGGAACUGCCGGCACCCAGCAACAAUCGACCCCAGGAACUGGCGGUGGUCUUUUCGGAAACACGGCAGCUGGCACCCAGCAACAAUCGAACACAGGUGGCCUGUUUGGCUCUACAGCCGCCAACCAGCAAAAGCCAGCCACCAAUGCCUUCGGCGCUCUGGGCCAGACGGCGCAACAGUCGCAGACGCAGCCCGCAGGAGGGAGUUUGUUCGGAGGGUUGGGCCAGAAGCCUCAAGGCACCACCGGUCUAUUUGGCCAGGCUGCACAACCGCAGCAGCAAGGAGGUCUGUUCGGAGGCUCUUUACUAGGCCAACAGCAACAGCAGCAGCAGCAGCAACAGCAACAGCAACAGCAACAAUCCGCUUCGUUACUGGGACCGGGGUUGCAAAUCGGCCAGCUUAAUCCACCUUCGCAAUUUUCGCAACAGCUGGGGUCGAGUCUAUGGGAGCCCGGACGGGCCGUAACGGGAGUCCACCGCACCGUCCCCAUGCAAAUCCAGAUCGUCAAGGACAAGUGGGAUCCGAGCAGCCGCGCCUCCCCCUUCCGCACCUACUUGUACAACAACGUUGGCGAAGACGCGGCGCCCUUCUACCAGCCAGGUGUAGGCGAUGACGAGACGAAAUGGGAGGACGCGCUCCGGAAACGGCCCGACCCCGGCUAUGUGCCUGUCCUGGUGCAGGGAUUCUUCGACCUGGGCAAGCGCGCGCAGCGCCAGAAGGACUUCCUCACCAUGCUGCAGGGCCGCCUGCACGAAAUCAACAACUCGCUGACCGAGCUCCUGUCGAAGCAUGACCUGAAGAUCAGCGUGCGCAUCGCCGACUGUCGCCGGAAACACCUCGUGCUCAGCAAGCGAUGCCUGACGCUGGCGGCCAAGACCCAGGUGCUCCGCAACCGCGGCUACGCUAUGGAUGAUGCGGAAGAGGAGCUGAAGAAAAAGUUGACGCAGCUGGAGCGGUCGGUCUUUGACCCGUCGCUGAACGGCCGUGGGGAGGAGAUCUGGGCGCGCAUGCUGGCUAUCCGGGAGCACUCGCGUCGCUUGCAGCAGGAGUUGGAGCGGGCGGGGCCAAAUGCCACGGCACAGGCGGAGGAUGAUCUGGAUGAGCAGACAUUGAAGACGGCGAAGAAGAUAUUGGACGAUUACCACAUGCAGAUCCAGCACCUACAGAAGGAACUGGAGUCGGUCAAGAAGGAUUUCGAAGAGUCGCAGAAGCUCCCCAGCGGCGGGCUCCAUUAAUCGUAGUGUUUUAUUCGUUUGCUUUCCUUUUGAAUCGAAUCUAUUACGAACCGGGCCGUGUUUCCACUUACUGCUUGAUUUUGAUGACUUGAUGGGGCAGCAGAUCGUGAUUUACCGGAGUUUCGAGGAGCUGGUUUCCGCAACAUACCGUCGCCCGCAUUUGCAAUGGGAGAGGGUUUUCCUUUAUCGUUAAGCGCAGAGUCGAGACAAAUAGCAACACCCAAAAGAUUUCUUCUAAGUUGAUGGUUCCUUCAACGGAUCUAGUGUACAUAACAGUUUCGUGUCCAUCC